AUGCAGGAGAGUUACGAGAGCGUCAUCUCCUUGGCCGAGGAGAUCGCCAUCAGUUGGCCAAGGAUCACCGCCUUCGCCGAAUCUCAUCGUAGAAGAGGAUUGGUGUCGGAUGAUGGAUUAUUGAGUGAGAAUGAAGAAGAAGACCCACCACCAAACGACUUGGAGAAAGUAGACACCGAAGUAGGAAAACCUAAAGGAACCAACCCUCCUACAGGUCUGGAUGGACCAAAACCUAAUGAUGGUCCUCAAAAACCAGAGAACCAACCAAAAAAACCAGCAGGUAAACGCCAGGGGAAAUCGAGUCACAGGAACUUCAAGAAAUUCCCAUCGAGGAACUUCAUCCCUCCUGGUCGGUGUCACGAUUGCGGCAAAACUUUGACUUUUGGGUCAACCUUCACCAGAAGACGUCGAGGAACCGACCGUCCCCAUAAAUGUUCUGAGUGUGGUAAAUGUUUUCGACUCAGUUCCACCCUCAUCACCCACCAACGGCGUCACGUGGCCGAGAAACCUUAUAAAUGUCCCGACUGUGGGAAAACCUUCAGCGUCGGGUCAGCUUUUCUACAACAUCAACGUGUUCAUACUGAAGAAAAACCUUAUAAAUGUGAUGAUUGUGGGAAGAGUUUUAAUUGGAAUUCACAUCUGGAACGGCAUCGGCGUAUCCACACCGGUGAGAAACCCUACGCGUGUCCUGAAUGUGGGAAGAGCUUCAGUUGGAGUUCUCACCUUGAUCGUCAUCGCCGUACUCACACGUCGGAGAAAUCUUUGAAAUGUGAGGAAUGUGGGAAGAGUUUUACCAAAAACUCAACGUUGGUCAAACAUCAACGUGUCCAUCGUGGUGAGAAACCUUCUAAAUGUGGAGAAUGUGGGAAGGUUUUUGGUUUGAACGCCGCUUUGGUUCAACAUCAACGAAGUCACGGCGCCGGGAAACCGUAUCAAUGCGGUGAUUGUGGGAAGAGCUUCGCUUGGAGUUCUCAUCUCGAUCGACAUCGACGGAUCCAUAUGGGUGAGAAACCUUAUAGAUGUGGAGAUUGUGGCAAGAGCUUCUCUCAAAGUUCUCACUUGGAGAGGCAUCAACGUGUCCACCUCGGUACCAACCAACCCCAAAAAUGUAGCGAAUGUGGGAAGAACUUCACGUAUCGAGCGGAGAACGUCAAACAUCAAGGAACUCAAACUGGAGACAAACCUUAUACGUGUCCAGAUUGUGGUAAGAGCUUCGGUCAAAAUUCGGCGUUGGUGAAACAUCGGCGGAUGCACACGGGUGAGAAACCUUAUAAAUGUGGAGAUUGUGGGAAGAGCUUCAGCGUCAGGUCCAACUUGAUCAAACAUCAACGGACCCACCUUGGUGAGAAACCUUAUAAAUGUCCUGAUUGUGGCAAAGGUUUCAUCCAGAAGUCAGAUCUGACCAAACAUCGACGGAUGCACACGGGGGAGAAACCCUACGAGUGUAACGUCUGCGGGAAAUGCUUCAGUGUCUCCUCCAACCUCAUCAAACAUCAACGGAUCCACCUUGGUGAGAAACCAUAUCAAUGUUCGGAAUGUGGCAAGAGUUUCAUCCAAC